GAAACAUUUCAAGUGAAUUGAAUUUUAUUCAAGAACUUCUCUUUUCUUGGAAAGGGUGUCAAGAAUUUUUUCCAAAAAUCAAAUCUUUUUUUCUCUUUUUACAGUAUGAAGACUUUUGGGUUCUCUGUUCUGUUCUUGAUGAUGGGAAUUACAGCUUUUUUAUCCCUUUUUUGCUUCAGCACUGGAGGAAUGUCCUUCAAAUGGCAAAACACCGAUACAACGAUGACCAUAAAGAACAGAAAGCUGCAGGACAAUGGCUACGGUCCAAGCAUCAAUGAGGACGAUUCAAGCAAGUUAGGACUGGAAGAUUAUCGUCCCAUCGAUCCAGUUCCUAGCUCAAAAGCUUCCGUAAAACCAGGACCUGUUGAGCAUGGUACUCCUCUUAUGCCUUAUAUUCCUAAGCCUUCACCUCCUCCUAUUAGCACCAUCGAUGGGCUCCCAUAAGCUCAUCGUUAGUCCUCUUCCACCGCUGUGCUAAAGUUGGGCAAAUGUUGUUUUUUCCUUCAGAAAAGCUGUCUUUGCUAAUUUUGUGUUGUUCCUGUAAAUUUUUUCGUUGAAACUUUCUGUAUUACCAUGGCAUGUAACUUAUAGUACGCCACUAGAUAGGCGAUACUUGCACAAAUUAUCAGUUAUUUAUGUAGUUGAAUUU